AUGUCUAUAUUAAAUCACAGGGCAAUACGACUGGUUUUAGCCUAUUCUAUAGGUAGCGUUAUUGCGGCUAUAGCUUGUAUCAGAGCCCUGUGGUAUAUAGUACGGAAUCCAAAGACAGCUUUUAACAGAAAAGAUCGAAUUGAUCCACCAUCAUGUUUGUUUGAUGAUAGUUUAGGAACCCACCAAUUCAUUCAUUUAGAGAAUGUGCGACUUCAUUAUGUUGUUAAUGGUAGUGAAGAUAAACCAUUAAUGGUGUUGCUUCAUGGAUUCCCCGAAUUCUGGUAUUCAUGGCGUUUUCAAUUAAAGGAGUUUGCCAAAGAUUAUCGUGUUGUGGCUGUGGACCAAAGAGGCUAUUCAGAAUCGGAUAAACCACCUGGCAUCAAGAACUAUGCUGUUACUAAUAUGGUGGAAGAUUUGAAACAACUGAUACCUGCUUUAGGUUAUAACUCGUGCGUUUUGGUCGGCCAUGAUUGGGGAGGAGCUAUAUCAUGGUCUUUUGCAGCAAAAUACCCACAUAUGGUCAGUAAAUUGAUCAUCAUGAAUUGUCCUCAUCCUGCUGUUUUCCAGAAGUACAUGACGUCACAUUUAGCUCAGUUUAAAAAGUCUACCUAUAUGUUUUUCUUCCUGAUACCAUGGAUACCAGAGUUUAUAUUUAAACUAGCAGAUUACCAUCGACUAUCAGUGAUAUUUAGGAGUAACAGAAUGGGGGUAGUGGAUAAAUCUAGAAUAACAGAUGAAGAUAUGGAAGCCUACAAGUAUUCCUUUUCAAGAGACGGCUGUGACACGGGAAGUUUGAACUAUAUUAGAGCAAUGUUCCAUACACCUUUGACAGCUAAACAAGGUUUGAAGACGAUCACGUCCCCAACUUUAUUUAUAUGGGGUUGUCGUGAUGGGGCAUUGGAGGCGGGAAUGGUACCCCUGGCUAAAAAAUAUGUGGAUAAUCUACAAAUUGAAUAUAUUGAAGAUGCUUCCCAUUGGGUUCAGAUGGAUAAACCAGAUGUAGUGAAUAACUUAAUGAAAAAAUUCCUGGCGAAAGAGUGAUGCGGAUUUUAGUGGUUUUCAGUCUCUAUUAUAUUUCUAUUAAAAUAAUUUGUAUCUGUU